GUAAAUAGAACACUGAUAACGAUCUUCUUCGACUCCCCCAAUCUCCAUAUCUUCUUAUCUUCCACAAAAAUCGCACACAACAAACAACAACAAUGUCUCUCAGCUUAUCUAACCCAUUUCUCCAAGCUCAUCUCCCUCCUCCAUCACUCUCUCUCAAAAAGGAUGUGUGCCAAACGCGGCCUUACACGCCACGCUGGACCUGUCGGAAGCCAGACAUACACCCCAAAUUCUACGACGACGCCAAAGUCUACUGUAACGGACAGCUUGUAAUGACAACUGGAGGGACCAAACAGGAGUAUGUUGUUGAUGUGUGGUCCGGAAACCACCCGUUCUAUCAGGGCAGCAGGUCGGCGCUGCUUCUGGAUGAUGAUCAAGUCGAAAAGUUUCGAAAGAAGUUUAGUGGUCUGGACUCGAUUAUGACUAUUCCUGAUCUUAAAGGGGAGAUUAUUCUUCCGCCUAAGCGCAAGGCUAAAAAGAAGAAGUGAUUUAGGUAAAAUUCGGGAGAUGUUAGGGUUUUGGCGGUGUAAUUUGCUUGUGUUUUUUGUUUAAUUCGAUAAUGUGGUUGAAUUGUGGAUUUGAUUUGUCAUGUGAAUUUAAUUUGAAUGACUAAUUGUAUAUUUAUGUUGCUGAA